CUUCCCUUGUUUUCUUCUUCUCCAUUUUUAUUCUCCUUGAUCUCGAAUAUUUGCUAGCAAUUCAGAUCUGAAUUCAAAUCAAUGGCGUCACCAAGAGAAGAAUUCGUUUACAUGGCGAAACUCGCCGAACAAGCCGAACGAUAUGAAGAAAUGGUUGAAUUUAUGGAAAAAGUAACAACAAAUGUUGAAUCAGAGGAACUUUCAGUUGAAGAGAGAAAUUUAUUAUCAGUUGCUUACAAAAAUGUGAUUGGUGCACGCAGAGCAUCAUGGAGAAUUAUUUCAUCAAUUGAACAGAAAGAAGAAAGCCGUGGUAACGAAGAGAAUGUAUUGACCAUUCGUGAUUAUAGAUCUAAGAUUGAAACUGAACUUUCAGGCAUCUGUGAUGGGAUUUUGAAAUUGCUUGAUACUAGAUUGAUUCCAUCUGCAUCUUCUGGUGAUUCUAAAGUGUUUUAUUUGAAAAUGAAAGGUGAUUAUCAUCGUUAUUUGGCUGAGUUUAAAACUGGUACCGAAAGGAAAGAAGCUGCUGAAAGUACUCUUUCUGCUUAUAAAUCUGCUCAGGAUAUCGCAACUGCUGAACUUGCACCCACUCACCCAAUCAGGCUGGGACUUGCUCUUAACUUCUCCGUCUUUUACUACGAGAUCUUAAAUUCUCCUGACCGUGCUUGUAAUCUCGCCAAACAGGCAUUCGAUGGGGCUAUCGCGGAGCUGGAUACCCUUGGUGAAGAAUCAUACAAAGACAGCACUCUAAUUAUGCAGCUCCUUCGUGACAAUCUUACUCUGUGGACCUCCGACAUGCAGGAUGAUGGUGCAGAUGAAAUUAAAGAAGCACCCAAGCCUGAAGAUGAACAUUAAUGAUAGUUUGUCUACCACAUUUAGGAUCUUACCUCUCCUCAGUUUGUUUUAUUAAUAGGAGAAGGUGCUUGCUUGGUACACAACUCCUCCAAAUCUAUUUAUUAAUUAUUAAGGAGUUUAGGUAUUGGGUACUGUUAGUUUGUCAUUCUUCUUAUCCUUUGUGCUUUUCUUUUCUUUUCUUUUCUUAUCUUAAUUCUUCUCUUAAAAGAGUUGAAGUUAUAUGUUUAUCUGAAUCUGUGUGGGAACUCCGUUUUAUCUAAAUUAUCUUUUAAGAUGACGAUAAUCCUGUUUGUUUAA